AUGGCCCCUUCAGCUAUUUCCGAUAGUGCUCCUCCCCCAGUUGCCAACGAGGCAUCAGUAGCUAGCUAUCGAGGUUACGACCAUGUUCACUGGUACGUUGGCAAUGCCAAGCAAGCCGCAAGCUACUACAUCACUCGCAUGGGCUUCAAACGUAUCGCAUACAAGGGUCUCGAAACUGGCAGCCGCCACAUCUGCUCCCAUGUCAUCCGCAACAACGAUAUCACUUUCAUUCUGACCUCCCCUCUACGGUCCCUGGACCAAAUCGACCGUUUCAAUCCUGAAGAGCAAGCCGAGCUACGGGAGAUCCAUGACCACCUCGAGAAGCACGGUGAUGCAGUCAAGGAUGUUGCCUUUGAAGUUGACAACGUCGAUGAUGUUUUCUCUGCUGCUGUGAAGAAUGGUGCCAAGGCUGUCUCCAACCCUAAGGUUCUUGAAGAUAAGAGUGGCCAUCUCAAGACUGCUACCAUCCAGACUUAUGGAGAAACCACCCAUACCCUUAUUGAGCGCAGCCAGUACCGUGGUACCUUUAUUCCAGGUUACCGUGCUGAGUCUGGCAAUGACGACCCCAUUGUGCAGUUCUUGCCUGGUGUUCAUCUCAAGCAUAUCGAUCACUGUGUUGGAAACCAGGACUGGAAUGAGAUGGAUAAGAUCUGUGAAUACUAUGAGAAGGCUCUUGGCUUCCACCGUUUCUGGUCCGUUGAUGACAACCAGAUCUGCACUGAGUUCUCAGCUUUGAGCAGUGUCGUCAUGGCCUCGCCCAACGAGAUCGUCAAAAUGCCCAUUAACGAGCCAGCAAAGGGCAAGAAGCAAUCCCAGAUCGAGGAAUACGUUGACUUCUACAACGGUGCCGGUGUGCAGCACAUUGCACUUCAUACCGACGAUAUUAUCCGUGAUAUCACCAACCUCAAGGCACGCGGUGUCGAAUUCAUCAAGGUUCCUGAGACAUAUUACACGGAUAUGCAGGCCCGCCUCAAGGAGUCUGGCUUGGUACUCCAAGAAAGCUUCGAGACCAUCCGCAGCUUGGACAUUUUGAUUGAUUUCGAUGAGGGUGGCUACCUGCUCCAGCUUUUCACUAAGCACAUGAUGGAUCGUCCUACCGUGUUCAUUGAGAUUAUCCAGCGACACAACUUCAACGGCUUUGGAGCCGGUAAUUUCAAGUCACUGUUCGAGGCUAUCGAACGAGAGCAGGAACUCCGCGGAAACUUGGUUUAA